AUGCAUGCUAGUAAUGCAUUGUUUAUUGUGAAAUUGUUCACGUUGCUCCCAAUUCGGUUGGUAUAUUGUUACCUUGUGAUCUUGAUAAGACAUAGGAGGUCGCUGAAAGGAAGUAUAUGGAUACGAGCGUUUAUGAGAGAAGCAUUUGAUAUGACUGAUGAUCAUACUUGUCCUGAUAUCAUUAAUCCAUUGUUUAACUUAUGCGUCAAUUACUUAUGUGACAAAGUGGAAACUAUUCAAUAUCAAAUAACUGAUGAGCAUCGUCUAUCGUUUAGCGCGAUCGGAUUGAGAGAUGAAAUGAUUGAUGUGAGAUAUAGAUGGUAUUAUAAACCUGAUGAUUUUAAUGCAAGUGAUGAUGACAUUUUGCUUUACUUCCAUGGUGGUGGGUUUGCUGUGACUUUGGUCCCCACAUCAUUGAUAUUCUUAAGGAAUUUAAGUAUAUGGUUCCCCAAGAUGGCUAUCAUUAUGAUAGAUUAUUCUGUGACAGUGGGAGAAAAUGAUAAACAAUAUCCUUAUCAAAUCUUAGAAAGUAUAGGUCUAUAUACUCAUCUCAUAAACAAUUUACAAUGCAAAAAUGUGAUUCUUAUGGGAGAGUCCGCAGGAGGUAAUCUUGAAUUAGCAUUAUUAAAUUACUUGUCGACGACGACGAUGAUGAAGACUAAGAUACCACUACCGAAAAAGACAAUUUUGAUAAGCCCUUGGGUAAACCCAUCAAGAUUGGAUAGAUACGAUAUUAUGCAAGAGAAAGAAAUUGAAAGAUUAGAUUGUUUGUCGUUUGAAGGUUUGGAGAAAUUCACAAAACGAUAUCUACAAUCAAUGAACCCUUUGAAUGGCGUCAAUUCACUACCAUUCGUUGAUCUUUCAUAUGAUUUUGACUCUGACAAUUGGAAAACUAUUUUAGAACAAAGUUCAAUAUACAUCACAUACGGUAAAGAUGAAAUAUUGAAACCACAAAUACAAACAUUCAUAAAGAACUUGGAAAUGAUACAUCCAAAUAACUUUGAUACAUCAAGACAGGUCUCAGCAUAUGAAGGUGGAUGUCACAUUGAACCACUUUUAAAAUUAGAUACAGACUUAAAUUCUUGGUCAAUGCAUGCCUCUGUUAACGGUAUCCUAAGAUUUAUAGAACAUUGA